AGGAGCUGUCGGCAGUGAGAUCAUGUGAGAGUCCACGCUUGAAGAAAGUAGGUUAGCAGGGUAGACUGAGAGGAAGGCAGGCGCACAGUCACAGCGAGCAGUGGGCUUCUCACCACCUUUGGACCACCGUGGGACACGAUUCCAGCCGAACUUACUUUGAGGCAACUCCGCUCGCCGAUGCGUCGACGCGGUUACGAUGCGACCCAACGCGACUUUAUUCACUCUUUCAUUGCGCUCGGACCUGACUGAGCGUUAAAGGAGAGUUUCGGGGGUUUAUUUUGUUGUCUUUUUUUUGCGCUCGUGUUUUAUCAAGUGCGUGUGCAGCCACUGGCACCUGGCUGCCCCAUUUCCUUCCUCCCUGCAACGCACCGAAACCACAUGUAGCCGAGUUUUCUUCGCUUUGUCAACAACAAGAAGUCAACCAAAAUGCGAGCUCAAAUCGAGGUCAUCCCCUGUAAGAUCUGCGGGGACAAGUCCUCAGGAAUCCACUAUGGAGUCAUCACCUGCGAAGGCUGCAAGGGGUUCUUCCGCCGCAGUCAGCAGAACAAUGCCAUGUACUCAUGUUCUCGCCAGAGGAACUGCCUGAUUGACCGAACCAAUCGAAACCGCUGCCAACACUGCCGCCUACAGAAGUGCUUGGCUCUGGGAAUGAGCAAAGAUGCGGUGAAGUUUGGCCGCAUGUCCAAGAAGCAGCGUGACAGCCUGUAUGCCGAAGUGCAGAAGCAUCAGAAGACCCAAGAGUGUGUGGGCUCUGGAGGAGGAGGGAGCUCGACUCUGUCCUUAGCCAGAGAAGACAGCGUGUGCGGAGGGCGGGCAGAAGACGGCGAAGAGGGUUUGAGCCGCUCCUACAGCAGCGGGGGCUCCAGCUCCACCCUCAGCGACCUCGACGACAUCGCAACACUGCCUGAUCUGUUUGACCUGCCGCUGACUCCGGAGGAGGCCAGCGAGUACUGCAGCCUGGACCUGCUGGGGGGGAACGGAGGAGCCAGCACUGGACACACCUCCAACUCAUCGUCCGCUUCCUCAUCUUCAUCAUCCUUGUCCAAUCAGAAUUCUCCACAGCAGACGAUGCUGGAUGGAGGUGACAGCGGUGGAAUCCAGCUCCUGCACACACACGCGCAAGGGUUGCUGGACAAUCUGCCCGAUGAUUGCUCAAUAACAGACCUUGAGCGCAUCACUCAGAGUAUCGUGAAGUCACACUUGGAGACGUGUCAGUACAGCGCGGAAGACAUGAAGAGAUUCACCUGGGUGCAGUACACACCGGAGGAAACACGUGCUUUUCAGAACAAGUCAGCCGAGUGGAUGUGGCAGCAGUGCGCUCAUCACAUCACCAACGCCAUCCAGUACGUGGUGGAGUUUGCCAAACGCAUCGCUGGCUUCAUGGACCUUUGCCAGAAUGAUCAGAUCAUAUUGCUAAAAGCAGGCUGUCUGGAGGUCCUGCUGAUCCGCAUGUGCCGAGCUUUUAACGUCAACAACAACACCAUCUUCUUCAACGGGAAGUUCGCCUCGCCACAGUUCUUCAAAGCACUAGGCUGUGACGAUCUGGUCAGCGCAGUGUUUGACCUCGGCAAAGGACUGUGCCGCCUGCAGCUGUCGGAUGAGGAAAUGGCUUUGUUUAGUGGAGCUGUUCUCCUUUCUCCUGAUCGGCCGUGGCUGACAGAUGGGCAGAAGGUCCAGAAGCUGCAGGAGAAGGUUUACUUGUCCCUGCAACACAGCCUACAGAAGAACGGAGCUUCGGAGGAGAGACUGGACAAGUUGGUGUCCAAGCUACCUAUAAUGAAGUCAAUCUGCAAUCUUCACAUCGACAAGCUGGAGUUUUUCCGCCUGGUCCACCCAGAGACUGCCUACAGUUUCCCGCCGCUGUACCGGGAGGUGUUUGGCAGCGAGAUGUCUCUGCCUGACUCCACCCACAGCUAGAGAGAUUGAUAGACUAAACGCAGGAUGAAGCGAGAGAGCAUUUAAGAGGAAAGGAAGCACGAGGAGUGACAGAGAAGGAUAGAGAUGUUGAAGCUCAACAACCAGCAGUUUAAUGACAAUCCAGGAUUUUAUAUACAUCUCCCAUGAUUCCAAAGUAGUCCUCCCCUUUCCUGGCAGGCCAAGCACCUUACACUACAGACCACACUUGCUCAUGGUCCUCUGCGUAUUGUAGCAGUAAGAACAAGCAUGAGAUAGCUCCAAGCUCAAAACAUCGGAUCCCUCGUGGAUGGUCCAACUAGUUAUGAAUGUACCUCAACAGUAAGCACCUGGGCACAAGUCAGAAGCCAACAGUGAAUGUCGCUCUUCGGAGUUUUAUUCAACACCAUCAGAGAAGUCAUGCUGAUCCACUGGUCUCAUUGGUAAAUUGUCACUUAACUAAUCAAUAGUGAACAUUCAAUUUCAUGCUCAACAAUGUGGAUCAUCACUUAAGGGACCAAGAUCAGGAUCAUUAUCUCAAGCAAGAUCAGACCAGUUUCACCUACUUUUCGACUGUGUUCGGUGCUGCCUUUUGUAGGCUCUUGUAAUGCAAUGAAAAACCUCAGUCCCACACAUCCCUUUCCUUGUAAAUGCCACUUAGAGAGAAGAUAAGAUGAAAUUAUCUUUAAUUUAUAUACACAUUUAUAAGCAAAUAUUUUAAAUAAGAAUGUAAAUACUAUAUAUGGAGAGUUGAGAGAAAAAGAGAAGUGAAGAGUAGGAUGUCAGGACGAGACAAAAAAAAAAGAAAAAAAAAAGAUGGACACGGAAAGCUGAUGUUUGGACUCCGGACUAUUUUGUUCUUUUUGACAGUACUCUCAGGUUUCCAUGGCAACAGCCCCCCUCUUGCCGUGACAGCAAACCCAGCUGGGCUAGGCGCAGUCAACAUGCAAGCGACGGGGUGGACAAUAGUUGCUAAUGCGACACAGCAGCGGAGGACGUGUAAAAAAAGAAAAAAAAAAGAAAAAAAGUUGUCAUUGACACAUACCCCUCCCUGCCUAAAGAGACAAGAGGACACUACACGAGAACGCAAGGCAAAAGAUGACUUCACGAACUGCAUUAUUUAGGGGCCACGGCGCCCCUUGCUUCUACCAGCAGUCAGGACGGCAGGUGUACAAUAAUCACCACUCACUUCUCCGAUGAUUCGAGGACCAGAUGAAGCUGGUCCGUCACGUGUAUCAUAAACCCUCCUUGCUGGUCGGCGCAUCUGUAUAAUUUUGUACAAUUUGCUGUUCCUCUCUUUGAACCCACAACACAUGUUCAAAACACCAAGCACUUAUACUUUCCUUUUUCUCACUGGACACUAGUCUAGAAGGCCGGUCAGAGCCGCCAGCUGCCCCCCUGAGUAAGCCCUCACUUCCAGUAACAAAGAAAAAGUUAUCUUGUGUCUUUCACUUCAUACGUCACUCAAGAGCCACUGGCUUUUUUAUUUUGAGAGGUGAUGAUGCUUACCUGGUUUGUUCAGUUCUCUCGCAGGAUCUCUCGACCUGCCACUCAGGGAGGUAGCUGUGAUCUUUGGUCUCUUUAUCAGUGUCGUCUUUUAGCCUUGUUCUCCUCACACCUUUGCACCUAAGAUGAGACCCAUAACCAUAAUCACUGUGGACGUAAGUUCGAUUUUUUUGUGAAUGUCGCUCACGAAAUUGAAAGAGCCCUCCCUGUUUUGUCCUAAUAUUGUAACAUUACAUUUAUGACAUAAGAAGAAUAAAAAAAAAAGAAAUCAGUUAAGGUUAAAGACUUCAUUAUUGGGGUUUAAUGUUUCUUUGCUGUGAUUUUCAUUUGUCAGUCUUUUAUCCACUUUUUUCUUUCUUUUUUUUUGCUUUCAUUGUCUCCACUUUGGUCUUGUAAAGUCAGUAAUCUAUUUUUUUAAUUGAAGAAAGAUUAGGAUAAACAAACAAAAGGUUAGUUUGUCUCCCUUUUCUUUCCCUGUAUGACAAAGUGUACAAGAGGUAUAUUACUAGUCCAAAAGUAACUGAGUCACACAGCUUGAUAUAUUGUUGUCCAAUGGAAUACAUUAUACGUGGUUUAAAGAAUGUAAUAAAUGUUUUUUUUUUCUUUUGAGAA